AUGUCAUCAGUUCCACAGAGAAAGACUUGGUACAAAUUGAAGAAGACAGUAAAAGUCACAAGAUCCUAUCCAACCUUCCCUUCCCUGAACGCCUGGGAAGAACUCAGGGACCUCUUGCCUGUGGAUCAGGAGCCAUACCCUGGAGUGGGCCUGGGUGUGGAGGAGGGACUGCUCUGCCAGAUGGUUCAUUCUCCAGAAUUCAACCUGUUUCCCGACUCAGUGGUGUUUGAAAGCAACUUUGUCCAGGUCAAAAAGGACAGGAACUGGAUAGACAUGUACAAAGCCUCCAACACCAUGGCCCUUGGGGUCACCUCCUCCGUGCCCUGUCUGCCCCUUCCCAACAUCCUCCUCAUGGCCAGUGUCAAAUGGCACCAGGGGCAGAGCCAGACAUGGAACAGACCAUCUACAGUCCCAAACAUCAUCCUGAAGAGGAUUCUCCCGCUGAAGUUUGUGGAGCUCCAGAUCUGCGAUCGCCCUCAGCGCAUCCUGCAGUUGAGGACAGUCGCCGAGAAGAUCUACUACCUAAGGCUCCACCCUGAUCAUCCCGGGACUGUCUUCCACUUCUGGAUCCGACUGGUUCAAAUUCUGCAGACGGGCCUGUCCAUCACCACCAAAGACCCUAGGAUUCUUGUCUCUCACUGCCUGGUACCCAAGAACAGCUGCAGCCCCUCAGGAGACUCUAAGUUAGUACAGAAGAAACUCCAAGCCCCCCAGCCCAGUGACAGCCUCAUGCAGCUGAUGGCCAAGGGAGAGAGUGAGGCCCUCUCUCAGAUUUUUGCCGACUUGCACCAGCACAACCAGUUCAGGAGCAGCAAAAAGACGGACACCAAAAAGGAUAGCUCAGAGAAAGAUACUCCCAGUGAAGACUGCAUCCCCUGCACCCGCGACCUCAGUUGGAGGGAUUCGCUCACCUAUGGAGAGUGGGAACGAGAGAACCCCUCUGGACCACAGCCCCUCUCACUCCUCAGCACUCUGGCAGCCUGCACGAGGCCACAGCUGACCCUACUCAUAGGAAAUUCUAUUUGAACCACCCUUUCACACUUGGGAGAAUCUAUGCAGCCCUCGCCAACGCCACUGUGCAGCAUUCAUCUUUCCGAGGGGUCUCUCUGGAUGGAGGGGAGGAGAAAGCUGCAACUACAGGAAAACUAGAAUCCUCUCACAUCUAUAGCAUAGCCUUUCCUUGGAGAACCAUUUGGGAGGAUGGAUCCAAGAUGAGAAGCAUUAUUCCAGCGUUAUUCCAAUCCGUAACUGCACAUCCUCACCACCGCAAACAUCACCACGCCUUGUCUCCAUUCCACCGCCAGGCAGACACAAGAAGACAUGCUCUCAGGAUGGCCAGGACCAAGAGAUGGAGAGAAGGGAGAAGGAAGCAGGGCCAGAGAGAACUA